UAACAUCGGAGUUUCUGCUCCGUAGAUUAGUUGCACAACAUUGGGAAGAACAUACCAUUUUGGAUAAACAGUUACACGCAUCUCCGAGAUUUUACACGUGUUUUCAAAAGUCAAAGUUUUAGCUUCUAAUGCAGACUGAGUCAGGGACGAGGCGGACGCAGUCGAGCCCAGCAUGGCGCAGUGGUGCCAGCUUCAGAUGCUGGACUGCAAAUACCUGGAGCAGGUGGACCAGCUGUAUGACGACUCCUUCCCCAUGGACAUCCGACAGUACCUGAGCAAGUGGAUUGAAAGCAUCGACUGGGACACGGUGGCGUUUCAGGACUCGCUGGCCACCGUCCGCUUCCACGAUCUCCUCGCUCAGCUGGACGACCAGCACAGCCGCUUCGCCCUGGAGAACAACUUCCUGCUGCAGCACAACAUCCGCAAGAUCAAGAGGAACCUGCAGGAUCGGUUCCAGGAAGAUCCCGUCCACAUGGCCAUGAUCAUCUCCAGGAACCUGAAGGAGGAGCAGAAGAUCUUAGCCAACGCAAAGAGCGCCGAGCAGGAGGGUGAGGGGGUCGUGUCGGCCAUGGUGGUGGAGAAACAGAAGCUGGACAACAAAGUGAAGGAGAUGAAAGACAGAGUCCAGGUGGUCGAUCAGAACAUCAAGAACCUGGAAGACCUGCAGGAUGAGUACGACUUCAAAGUCAACACGCUGAAGAACAGAGAGAACGAAAUGAAUGGCAUGACGGCGAAGGAGCUGGAGAAAGAGAAGAUGACGGUGGUGAGGAUGUGUCUGGAGCUGAAAGCAAAGCGUCAGGACGUGGUGAUGCAGCUGAGCGAACUCCUGAACGUAACCCAGACGCUGCUGACAGACCUGAUCUCCGAGGAGCUGCCGGAGUGGAAGCAGAGGCAGCAGAUCGCCUGCAUCGGUGGCCCCCCCAACGCCUGCGUGGACCAGCUGCAGAACUGGUUCACAGCGGUAGCAGAGAGUCUCCAGCAGGUUCGUCAGCACCUGAAGAAGCUGCAGGAGCUGGAGCAGAAGUUCACGUACGACAACGACCCCAUCACACAGAAGAAGGCUUUCCUGGAGGCCCGGGCUCUGGAGCUCCUCAAGAACCUCCUCUCCAGCUCUCUGGUUGUAGAGAGGCAGCCCUGCAUGCCCACUCACCCUCAGAGACCCCUGGUCCUGAAGACCGGCGUCCAGUUUACUGUGAAACUCCGGUUUCUGGUGAAGCUGCAGGAGUUUAACUACCAACUCAAAGUGAAAGCUGUGUUUGAUAAAGACGUGACAGAGAAGAAAGGCUUUCGUAAGUUCAACAUUUUGGGAACGAACACUAAAGUCAUGAACAUGGAGGAGUCGAAUGGGAGCUUGGCAGCAGAGUUCAGACAUUUGCAACUGAAAGAACAGAAAGUUGCCGGCAACAGAACAAAUGAGGGUCCUCUGAUCGUCACCGAGGAGCUUCACUCUCUCAGCUUUGAGUCCGAGCUGCAGCUCAACCAGUCCGGGCUGGACAUCAAGCUGGAGGCCAUGUCUCUGCCUGUGGUCGUCAUCUCUAACGUCUGCCAGCUGCCCAGUGGCUGGGCCUCCAUCCUCUGGUACAACAUGCUCACCACCGAGCCCAAGAACCUGAAGUUCUUCCUGUCGCCUCCUCAAGCGAAGUGGUCCCAGCUGUCAGAGGUCCUCAGCUGGCAGUUCUCCUCCGUCACCAAGCGAGGCCUGAACCAGGAGCAGCUCAACAUGCUCGCCGACAAACUGCUCGGAGCCAAAGCCCAGAGGAACCCAGAGGGACAGAUCCCCUGGACCAAGUUCUGCAAGCAGCAGAGUGCCAACGAGAAAGCGUUUCCCUUCUGGCUGUGGAUCGAAGGAAUCCUGGAUCUGAUCAAAAGACAUCUGCUGUCUCUCUGGAACGAUGGCUCCAUCAUGGGCUUCAUCAGCAAGGAGAGGGAGAAGGCUCUGCUGAGUGACAAGUGUCCGGGAACCUUCCUGCUCAGGUUCAGUGAGAGCAGCAGAGAGGGAGCCAUCACCUUCACCUGGAUCGAACACGACGUCCACGACAAGCCGGUCUAUCAUUCCGUGGAGCCGUACACCAAGAAGGAGCUUUCUGCCGUUUCUCUGCCCGACAUCAUCCGCACCUACAAGGUGAUGGCGGCCGAAAACAUCCCCGAGAACCCGCUCCGCUUCCUCUACCCCAACAUUCCCAAGGACAAGGCCUUCGGCAAGUACUACCCCUCAGAGACUCCAGAGAAGAUGGACAUAGAUGACACGGAGAAGACGGGCUACAUGAAGACGGAGCUCAUCUCUGUUUCUGAAGUACAUCCGUCCAGACUGCAGGACAACAUAAUGCCAAUGUCUCCCGACGACUACAAGGUUCUGGAAAGAGACCUAUUUUAUCAUUAAGACCUGGAUCCCUCCAGAGGCACUGACACCCUGUGACUCCUGGAUGUGACGCACACUGACACCUCCCUGACACUCACUGGCACCCACUGAAACACUGUGACUCCUCCCUGACGCUCGCUGGCACUCACUGAAACACUGUGACUACAUGUCGGGAUCUUUCCAGUGGCACUGACACCCUGUGACCACUAGGGUAAAUCCUGACACUGACGCUGACACCCCGUGCCUUGCUGGCAGUGACUGCCACUCUUUCGAGAGUCCCUCUUUCUGCAGCUGACAAAUCAAGCGCGUCUUUAUUCAUCGUGUUCUAUUUGAAUUAGAUGCGAUUAUUGAAAGUUUAUAUUUAAUACCGAGUGACGAUGAACACCACAUUUAAUGCAACCUGUCAAUUAAUGAAUGAAUGAAUGAAUGUCACAUUGACGUACUGUCCUUAUUAUUAUUAAAUAAUUAAUAUCUUAAGUAUUAAUUAAAUAAUUAAAGAGAUUAAAUUAUGUGAAUCAAAAGCUAAAUAUUGUUUUUGAAAUGUAGUUGACUUGAUUUUUUAUUUCUUUUUAGUCAAAACACGAUUUCUCUUAAUAUACAGUAAAGUAUCACUACACACAAUCAAAUUUCAUCACACAACUCCAUUGUGAAGAGUAAUAAAGACAUUCAGGUGCUUA